GCGGUUUUGAAAUUAAACCGAAUGAAUGAGGUGAAAUACAAAUAUGAGUGAAAGAAAAUGUGCAGAAUCUUAAAGCUAUCUCGUGGUAAAACAGUACAAGAAAUGUUUAACAUGAAUUUAGGCUUUGGCUCCUAAAAUAACUGAACACACAAACACACACAAAAAUAUUGUUUGGCAUUUAAAAUUCACUCAGCAAUACAGUGUGAGACGCUUAGUAAUAGAAAAACUAAAUAUCUAUAAAAUAUUUCUGUGUAGAAGAAACCCUUCGUUAUUAUCAAGCAGGAAAAAAUGGUAUUCUUAAAAGUUCUUAAAAUAGGAAACAGAAACAAUAAAAUGCCACAUAAUUUCUGAAGAAGAUGUGGAGACAGUCUAGCAGUUACUACACACUGGUAAAUGUACACACAUGCACACACACACCAACACCCAGUGGCGAAACCGUCUGUCUUGCUGAAUUUCCACUAAAUGUCAUGCUAAACAUUAUAAAAGGGGUGACCCGAACAUUUUCCAGAGCAUUCAACCUAAUAAUUGUUCUUUCACUUUCAUCAAUCUGACAAAAUUUCAUCAAUCACACAACAGGAAUGUUUCAAAAUGGUGCUGGAACAGACAGAGGUGGAGAAAACCGGAGUAGUCACCAAAAUCAGUACCAAGAGGAGAACUGUUCGACCUUUUGCAGCAUACAGAUGAAGGCCAGAGGAAUCAGUUCAUCUCUGAUCUCAGCUAAAUCCAUGGCUACCGAGGUAUCUGUUGACUUGGACAGUGAUUUCAGAGGUUCUGGCUCAUCUCACAUUCAAAGCUCCGCUCUAAAACAGCAGAGUGCCAGUGGAAAUACAAGCAAAUAUUUUAGACAGCACAGACCAUCAGUACUACGCAAAGGCAACCAGCCAUUCCCACAAGCAUUUUGUGUUCACGACUGGGUUGUGGACACUGUGUGUAAGCCAGAACCUGACAGUGACCCGUCAGACCCUGUGCCACUUUACAACAGCCAGUCUGAAAGCAGACUCGGUGCCUCUGUGUCAAGCCCUCAGCCUGGCAGCACAGAGCAUACAGAGAAACACAUUUCUACUGAACAUGCUCCUGGGGACAGAUGUAUAGCCCAGCUGAGAAUGCAGAAAGACAAAGUACAAUACAUGGAGAAUCAGUUGACUGCAGAGAGACGGAAACUGCAGGCUAUGCAGUUACACCUAUUUGAUGUCACAUCUACCUCUGAGGAUGAUAUCGGUGUGGAGAACCCGGGACAUCUGUCAGGACAUCUGUCACGACUCAAGCAACCUGCAGCAUUUCAGAACGCAAAUGGUGUUUAUGACAAUGAGAGAGCAGUAGCUGAACCGUUAACACAAGGAUUCUGGCAGAUCUCUACCUCACAAGUUAUACCAGGGAUUAUCCCCAGUUUUGAGUAUUAUAAGUUCACAAAUAUUAGGCCACCUUUCACCUACGCCUCCAUGAUACGAUGGGCCAUCCUGGAGUCCCCUGAGAAGCAGCUUACUCUGAAUGAAAUCUAUCAUUGGUUUACCCGCAUGUUUUUCUACUUUCGUCACAACACUGCCACAUGGAAGAACGCUGUCCGGCAUAACCUCAGUCUUCAUAAGUGCUUUGUGCGUGUUGAAGGCAGGAAAGGUUCUGUUUGGACUGUGGAUGAAGAGGAAUUUCUGAGAAGAAAAGGACAAAGGUUUCACAGGGACCAGGAUAUGGGCUGGAUGGCACCUUUUCACCUGUUUCCUGUGACUCCACAAAAUGAAACUCCUCAGAUGUGAGGCUCAAAUGGACUCAUUAAGAGACCGCAACAACAUUUCAACCACUAACAAUAUUUUUUAUUGUAAGAAUGAUAGAUAUGAUUGUUUAAAAUGGUUGUUUGUAAAUGUAUACAGUAGGUGGCAGUCUAUUUCAAACCUAAUUAUGUUUUUCUUUUUUGGAAAAAGUGUAAGGAAUCAAUAUGUAGUUUACAUAAUCCAAAAAUAAAGUUAAGAAGUGGGUGUUCAAACUUAUUAUCCUUCUUGCAUGUAAAUUUACCUAUAAAAAGUACAAGUACAUACAUUUUUAUAAUGCCUACAGAGGUACAUCAAUGAUAUGAAUGGUAUCCUAUGUAAAUGCAUUUAAUAUGGUGCUUAAUUCAAUAUUGAUAGCUAUGCUGUUAAACAAUAACUGUAUAUUAAUGUCUUAAAAUAUUAUAAAUCCAAAUAAAGGCCAAAAUGUAAAUGCAAUCCA